UUUUCGGUAUUUACAUGCACCAGAGUGAAUUAAACUUAAACAAUGUUGUAAAUAUAUUUGAUAUUUGUGAUUGAAAAAAUAAGAUUUUAAAUUUAAUAUUUCUGAAUUACCAAGAAGGAUUAAAGUGCUGUAAACCGUAAGGUACCCCUAAUAAAAUUAGUUUGGUCCAAGAUAAACAGCACCAGUGAAAAUGUCUAAGGCUAAAGUCCCUAUCAUGUCUACUGCAGGUGCCAUACCUGUGCGAAAUGAAAAAGGUGAGCUGACAAUGGAAAAGGUAAAAGUUACCAGGUACAUGAGGGGUCAGAGACCAGAGUUUGCCCCAGAAAGUGAUGACGAAGAAGAAAUUGAAGUAACCACAGGCUUUCAGUCACGAGUUCGGCCGCAGGUGGAGGAGAAAAAAGAUGAGGAGGAAGUGGAGAAGGAGAGUCAAGAAGUUCAUGACCGUAGGCUCCGGCGACUGCAACAGAGGCAUCAGAGUGACGAGGAUGAUGAUGAAGAAGAUGAUGAGGACAGGGUUACAAGACACAGACGUGAAGUCGUUGAACCCGAGGUCAUUGCUGAGGGCUCAGAUGAUGAGGGUAGACCAGUCAGGAGGAGGCGAGCAGAUGACAGCAGUGAGGGUGAGGAGGAUGAUGAAGAGGAAGAGGAGCUGGAUGAGGAGGAAAUAGAAAAACGCAGAGCAUUAAGAAGAUUAAAAGUCAUACAACAACGAGAUGAAGAGGAGGUUAUGGAUGUUGAAGACGAGAAAAAAGAUGAAGAAGAUGAAUCAGAAGAGGAAUCCUCAGAGUAUGAGGAAUACACAGAUUCUGAGGAAGAGGCAGGUCCCAGGUUAAAGCCAGUCUUUGUUAGAAAAAAAGACAGAAUCACUGUACAAGAGAGAGAGAGGGAAGAGGUCCGGGCUAAGGAACUUGAAGCUGAGGCCAAAAGAUUGGCUGAAGAGAGAAAGAGGCAGACAAUUAAGAUGGCAAAUCAAGACAUGAAGAGAGAAAUGGAUGAAGAAAAAAGUCUACAACAGGCUUGUGAUGGUAUAGACUCUGAUGAUGAAAAUGAUGAAGAAGAGUACGAGCUUUGGAAAGUCAGAGAAUUGAAACGUAUUAAACGAGAUAGAGAAGAGAGAGAAGCAAUUGAUAAAGAAAAAAUGGAGGUUGAAAGGUUAAGAAACAUGACAGAAGAAGAAAGAAGACAAGAGUUGCGGCAGAAUCCGAAACAAGUCACAAAUAAAGCUCCAAAAGGGAAAUACAAAUUUUUACAGAAAUAUUAUCAUCGUGGUGCUUUCUUCUUGGACAAUGAAGACACAGUGUUCAAACAAGAUUUCUCACAGCCUACACUGGAGGAUCACUUUGAUAAAACAAUUUUACCCAAAGUCAUGCAGGUUAAAAACUUUGGCAGAUCUGGUCGAACAAAAUAUACACAUCUGCUUGACCAAGACACAACACAACAUGAAGCACCAUGGAUGCAAGACACAGCUCAAAAUCUCAAAUUUCACACUGCUAGAGGGGGCGGCAUGAAGCAGCAAUUUGAAAGGCCGUCAACUAAAGUGAAAAAAUAAUUUCCUUGUCAGUAAAUGCUCGUUGUGUGAUUGUUGAGUAAAUGGCUGCCUGAUGACGUGUAAAUGGGGAAUUUUAAAAGUUGAUUUUUAUAUCUCACAAAAUGGUUUUAGCCUUUUUUUAUGUGAAAGAUAAAAAAUUUCAUAAAAAUGUUUUUUUUUCCUUUGUUACUAACUAGAAAUAAUAAAAUAGAAAUCCUGUUUUACUGGCUGAGUAUUUAGGUACGUACAAAAUCAAUUUGAAACAAGCAUGGUGUUAGCCAGUAAUUCUUUUUGUUGUAACUUUGAACCAGUUUCACCAAAAAUAAUCAUUUAAAAUAUGUUUAUGUACAGACUUAGUGUAGAUCCCUCUAUUAUAAAAACUUGUUUGAAAAAAAUGUUCAGGCUCCAUAAACCUUCAUCAUUGAAUGUAUGACAUGAAAUGUGAAACUAGAUCAUUAAGAUAGAAUAUACAAUUUCUGUGAAAAUGUAGAAUAAAAACUAUUUGUACUAGCUUCUGUAAACUGUUCAGAUGUGAUUUCACCUUUGAAUCUUUUGUGAAUGAUUAUUAAACUAGCCAUUGUUUAUUUUAUUGUUAUCUAGCAACACGUUUUU